CAGACGAAGACCAGAAAACAAGUGGAAGGUAGAAAGAAACCGCAAAAAUUCUCUCUCGAGAAACAAACAGGAAGAGAAAGAUAUGGAGGAAGAUCACGAUACUAGUGCGGGUAGCAGCGGUUACCUGGAAACGGGGAAGGCAGAGAGAUCGGUGUGGUUGAUGAAGUGUCCUGUUGUGGUGGCUAAGUCUUGGAAAAGUCAUGAAGCCGCAGAUUCUAGUCCGCUCGCUAAAGUUGUUCUCUCACUCGAUCCCCUCCACCCGGACGAUCCUUCUGCUCUUCAGUUUUCUAUGGAGAUGGCUGGCACUGGGGGUGGUAAUGUUCCAAAAAGUUAUUCUCUGAACAUGUUCAAAGACUUUGUUCCUAUGAGUGUCUUUUCCGAAACAGAUCAAGGUAAAUUUUCAGUGGAAGGGAAAGUGGAGCAUAAAUUUGACAUGAAACCUCAUGAAACGAACAUUGAGGAGUAUGGCAAGUUGUGCCGUGAAAGGACAAAUAAGUCCAUGAUUAAAAACAGACAAAUACAGGUUAUUGAUAAUGAUCGCGGAGUGCACAUGAGGCCCAUGCCUGGGAUGGUUGGCUUUAUUUCUUCAAACUCAAAGGAUAAGAAGAAAACACAACCAGUCAAACAAUCAGAUGUGAAAAGAACUAGAAGGGAUCGGGGUGAACUGGAGGAUAUAAUGUUCAAGCUAUUUGAAAGGCAACCAAAUUGGGCUUUGAAGCAGCUGGUCCAGGAAACAGAUCAACCUGCGCAAUUCUUGAAAGAGAUACUCAAUGAGCUAUGUGUAUACAAUAAGCGGGGAACAAACCAAGGAACCUAUGAACUCAAGCCAGAAUAUAAGAAGACUGUUGAGGAGGCAGGUGCCGAUUAAGUCAUCUAUUCGUUGUACGAUUCAUGUGUUUACACUAUAUAAGAGGAGGAAAGAAAUGAACCCUUAAGCGGGAAGCUCGUAAGUCAGCAAAAGUUGAAGUAGGUUAAAACAAUAAGAGUAUACAUACCUUAUCUCGAAAUUCUAUCUAGAUUAAUUAUCAUAAUCUUCUGUUACGUUGUGUGGUUGAUGAAUUUGUGUAAUAAGCAUAUGCAUUGAUUUAACUAACAUGUGGAAAUAGUUUGAUUCUUCCCUGAC